CGGUGGCCAGGAGAUGUCACUGUUCUGCUGCAAGCGCCGAGAUGUCGCCAAACAGGGCUCACCCCGAGCGGUUGGGAAACUGCUAGUGGCUGAGCCGGCUUUGUAGAGGCAGGGAGGGAGGGGAGAAUGCUGCGUUGCCAAUGCCAGAAAGAGCCGGGAGGUGUCUCAAAUGUGGGACUUGCUUAUCAGUGAAACCUACCCGCCGUCUCUCCCUUUUCCUCAGCUCCCUUGCGCGCUGCGCUGGGCCGGGGAAGCAGCAGCAGCAGCAGCCGCCUGAGCUCAGAGGCUGGGCGGCGGCAGGGAUCAUGGCUGCUCCUCAGCAGCACCAGCUCCUGCAGUACAGCGUGAAGCUGCUGUUGGUGAGCGAGGAGCAGCUGCGGGGGGGGCUGCAGCUUGCCAGCCCCAACCAGGGCGCGCUCCAGCUGGCGGUGCAGCCGGGCGAGGAGGAUGCAGACGUGACUGUGACAGACGCUGAUGGAGUCUGUGUGUUUAAAUGCUUGGUUAACAGAGACACUGAAUACUGUCGUGUGGGCAAAGAGUCUGUCCUAAUUACACUGGGGUACAACAGUGCCUUACUCCAAUUCAAGUCACAUUCUGAAUACAGCACAUUUUCAAAUGCACUGAAGAGGUGCCGGAAUCAGAAGAAGGAACACUCUGUUUUCAAUCAGCGAACAGAAGAGGCAUCUGCUGCUCAGUAUUUUCAGUUUUAUGGCUGUCUAUCUCAACAACAGAAUAUGAUGCAGGAUUUUGUGAGGACGGCCACAUAUCACAGAGCUAUCCUACAGAACCACAUAGAUUUUAAAGACAAGGUGGUCCUAGACGUUGGCUGUGGAUCAGGAAUCCUUUCAUUUUUUGCAGUGCAGGCUGGAGCGAGAAAAGUCUAUGCAGUUGAAGCCAGUUCAGUGGCAAAAUAUGCCGAGAUACUAGUGAGAAGUAACAACCUCUCUGAUAAGAUCAUGGUUUUAUCAGGUAAAAUUGAGGAAAUCUCUUUACCGGAGAACGUUGAUGUGGUUAUUUCUGAACCAAUGGGUUACAUGCUGUUCAAUGAGAGGAUGCUGGAAAGUUACCUCCAUUCCAAAAAAUGGUUGAAGUCAAAUGGAAUGAUGUUUCCAACAUUUAGUGACAUUCAUUUGGCUCCUUUUUCCGAUGAGCAGCUCUACAUGGAACACUACUCCAGAGCCAAUUUUUGGUAUCAGCAGUGUUUUUAUGGGGUCAAUCUGUCCAGUCUUCGCAGUGCAGCGGUGGAUGAGUACUUCCGACAACCUAUCGUAGACACUUUCGACAUCAGAAUUUUGAUGGCUCGGACAGUGAAGUACACUGUUAACUUUACAGAAGCUGAAGAGGAAGAUUUGCAUAGAGUGGAAAUCCCCUUCGUUUUCCAGAUGAUGCAGUCCGGACUAAUCCAUGGCCUGGCUUUUUGGUUUGACGUGGCAUUUGUGGGAUCACUGGUAACUGUUUGGUUGUCAACUGCUCCGACGGAACCUUUAACUCACUGGUAUCAAGUACGCUGCCUCCUUCAGACUCCCCUCUUUGCCAAAGAAGGGGAAACUCUCUCAGGGAAAGUCCUGUUUGUAGCGAAUAAACGACAGAGUUACGACAUUCAGAUUGUGGCUGUGGUGGACCAGACAGGCUUUAAAUCUGGUAACAUCCUUGAUUUAAAGAAUCCAUUUUUUAGGUAUGCCUAGAAUAUAUUGUUAUAUGGCAAAUGAAAAACAGAAACAAGAUUCUCACCAAGCCAAGUAACCUAUAAGACUGAAAACCUAUUCAGAGUAAUGGGCUUGCUGGUCCUUGUGCAAAAUCAGAUUGUAACUGUACAUAUCUGUAAUAAAAGAUUUUAUGCAAGCAGUGUGAUAUGGGAAUGUUGCAGUUCCAUCCAUUUUUUAAAAACUGAAAUUUAGCUUGGGCUCACAUUUGCAUCAUAGCACAUUACUUUGUUCUGAAAUGCUUUGUUGAUAUCUAUUAAAUGUUGUUGGUUUUUGUUUUGGGUUUUCUGCAAAGUUGACAUUUGUUGCUUUUAAAAAAAAAAAAACAACAAACCUACCUCAUGUUUAUAUAUAUGUGAUACAUUGAAGAAUCUUAAAAGCAGAACACAAUAUUCAUAUGUAAGUUUCUUGGAGUUUCCUGCACAAGUUUCUUGGUGAUUUCAAUAUGUUUGGAGCUGGUCUUAUAGGUUACCAAUGUUAAAUAUGGACUCAUUAAUUCUGUUCUUUCUGAAACAUGGAAACAAAAUGAUCCUUUGCAUACACCUUAUAAAUAUUCUGUGAUUUCUCUGUAGAUAUAAAAGUGAAACACUACACACUUGUAAAUUACUGCUAACACAGUUUACAAUAAAAAAUAAAAUACGGGGUUUAAGUGAGGCUUUUACUGUUUCUGUAGCUCAGUGGAAACUUGCGGGUUGUCCAGUACUUCUAGGGAACUUUUUUAUUCCUGGCACAGCAGGGCAAGAGAAAAACUUGUUGCCAUGCUACAGUUUCUAAGAAGGUCUCUCUCCAGAUAAUGAGUUUUCCAGUUUCUAAUGCGGUCUCUCUCCUUGUGGAUGGAGUCCACUCGCUUUACUCUCUUCCCCUUCUCCCCACAACCUUACCACACUGAAAAUAAAGCAUGAUGACAGGAGAAAAAAAACAAAACAGGGCUAUGAAGUAGUUUUCCCCACUUUAAUUCAGUGAAAAAAGGCUGAUGUAUCUGAUUAGCUGCUUACACGGAGUUUGUGGAAAUUGCUUUGUUACACAUUCUAACCAAUUUAGAAGUAUUUCCUAAUUAGUCAUUUUUGGGGGUGGG